GAUGCAUACCACGGCUGCUGUUUGCGUUAUUCCAGCACCAUGAACCGUUCAUGUUCCUAUGUCUCCGUGAUCCAGCUAACCCGAGUACAAGGAUGGUAUUGUAACAUACCUUACGCUUGAACACUCACAAAUGCACACCGUACAGGUACAGAUUCGUAAUGGUAACGUUAUCCCAAGCCCUGGUAAUUGCAAGUUCUAUACGGAUAACGUACCUACCUAACUUUCAGUUCCGGCCCAAUCAACUGCUGCCCCACACCAUGCCGAUUAAAUUUCCGCCAAGGAUCAAGUCGGCUGGGUCCGCGACAACGGAUCGGACCCGUGGCCCUGGAUGCAUCCCAACUGCCGGCCCGAAAUAAUCGCGCUUUCAGCUCCAACACAGCAUCACGGCAUGUGAGAUCGGUGACGACGACGUGCCCUAUCCUCGCCCCUAGUUUCCCGGCCACCAUGGCAACAAGCCGUCUGACCUUCCUGUACCCGCACCUCUUCCGGACAGGAGGCCGCUGGAGCGAACACGCAGCAUCGAACGCCGGGCGGAGUUCCCGUCGUAAACCCUCGCCGCUGACCCCUUCGCCCGCCUGUUGCCAGCCAGCCGCUCCGUUCACCACGCCGUCAGCAGGGAGACAGGCUGGCUUUGCCAAGCGGGCCGGGAAGGGUGUAGAGCCUCUUGCGUUUCAGGAACCCCCGAAGACGCAGCCAAACAGCGAAGGAAGGAAACCGGGAGGGAAAGACGAGGCGAAGGGCACGGCACAGGCGACCCAGACACCACCAGCUUCCACACCGCGCGAUGGAAGCCAGCAGCAGCCUAGUCCUCCUCCGGCGCCCGACCUCCCGCCAACGAUCGAGCUGCCCCCGCCAGGAGACAUCAAUCCCACCACCCAGGUCAAAAAGGGCACCCCGAUGGACGAAAUCCUACAUAUGGGACCUCCGCCGGACUCAUUGUCCCCUCCACCGUCGACGACUCCACCCUCCUCAGCAGAUGCACCCGCGCCGUCAAGCAGCAAGAGUGCCGACACGACUACCACCACCACCACCGGCGGUUCCAGCACAAGCACAACACGCACCGCCACCACCGACACCGGCCGCUCGCCAGACAAGACGCCACACCUCAAGCCGCCCCAAUACGUCCACCACUUCGACUCGUACACGCUGGUCAAGCAGCUGACGGCGGGCGGGUACACGCUGCCGCAGGCGAUCCUGGCGAUGAAGGCGAUCCGCACGAUCCUGGCGUCCAACCUGGACGCGGCGCAGUCCGGGCUGGUGUCCAAGGCGGACGUGGAGAACGAGACGUACCUGUUCCGGGCGGCGUGCAGCGAGCUGAGCGCCGAGGUGCACAACAACCGGCGCGUGGCGGACGAGCAGCUGCGGCAGCAGCGCACGCUCCUGCAGCACGAGGUCGACAUCCUCGCGCAGCGCCUCAACCAGGAGCUGCUGACGCUGAACGACAGCGUGCGCGGCAUGUUCAACGACAGGAGGAUGGCGGUCCGGGAGGAGCAGAAGGCGGUGGAGAGCAGGAUACAACAAAUCAACUACAAGAUCAGCGUCAUGCUCACCAGCGACUCCAAGUCGAACAUUGAGGGCCUGCGGUGGGUGCUCAUCAGGCGGUCGGUCAUAGGCAUCAUCUUCAUGGUCAUAUUCACGCUGGGUACGAUCCGAUAUGCCACGUUCAUGGCCCACAAACGGCAGAAGGAGGCCGACCAGCAGGCGCGGGAGGAGCAGGAGCUGAAGAAGCACGACGGCAGGGCCGACAUCACGCCUGCUCCCGAUGCUGCCGAGAUUUUAGCCGCGAACUGAACCCAGUGGAUCUGCAUGGCCUACAUCAGGGAAACCGGGAUACCACCAUAGAACGUUGUUGCAUAGCGCAGGGGUGGGGGCGCAUAUAGAUAU